AAUCAAAGCUCUUCAUAACUCUCACUCAAGCUAGCUAUAUAUCCUUCCCUGCCUCUUUUAACUACUCUCAGUCUCAGUCUCUCUCUCUUAAAUUUCUACAAGUUGAAUUGUUUGAUUUUCUUUAAAUUUAGUCUGGUAAUUAAAAUGUACUCGCAACAGCAGCAGCAGCAGCAGCAAGAGGAUAUGAAGAUGAUGGAAAUAAAUGGUGGGAAAAUGGGUAGUAGUAAUAACAGCAAUCAGUACCUUUGUAGGGAAAGUAGCACAAGGUGGACACCUACAAGUGAGCAAAUUACCCUUCUUAAGGAGCUUUACUACAUAAAUGGUGUUCGAUCUCCAACUGCUGAUCAGAUUCAGACCAUUUGUGCUCGAUUAAUCCGGUACGGUAAGAUCGAAGGCAAGAAUGUGUUUUACUGGUUUCAGAAUCAUAAGGCUAGGGAGAGACAGAAGAAAAGGCUUACCCCUAACUCUGGAUCACCUACUACAACAACUAACACUCUUCCUACUACUAUUACUGCUACUUCAACUACAACUAUUCCUCAAUUCCAUAAUAAUUUCGUCAACAAUGUAACUCUUCAACCUACCAUUAAUAAUCCUGUUGCAGGGAUUCCUUGCUCAAGUUCAUCAGCUGGGCAUGCGAAUGCGAUUUCCGGUGACGGGCAGUUUGUUGAGAGUUUUGGUUAUGGAGGUGUUACAAUGCAGAAUACAUUUAGGGAGUGUUCAAUAUCUGGAGGAGAAGUUAUUAAUGGAGGAUAUGAUGUGAGACAAUGGAAUGCAGUUGAAACUAAUUACUCAAAAUUGUUGGACAAGAUAUCAACAUUGGACGAAUAUCCUUACACUGACCAAGAUCACAAUAACGAGAUAGAGACCCUUCCUCUCUUCCCUAUGCACAAUCAAGAGCACGACAACGUGUACGAUCAAGAUCAAGAUCAAGACUUGUAUACCAUUAAGCCUCCAUCAGACGGCUACUACACUACCGGGUACCGAUGGUUCAAUGGUAGUGGUGGAAAUACAUCCCUUGAGCUUAGCCUAAACUCCUAUGGCAGCUAUGCCUACUAUUCUCCAAGUAUCUAGAUCGAUCAGAUUAAUUACUACUGUAAUAUAUUAUUCAAGUGUUCUAUGUCCUUGACUGAUUAAAAUCUUAAUUAGCUACUAUUAUUGUAAGUUUUAGUUAGUCUCAUUAAAAUCAUAAUCACUAUAUCAUUGGAUCCAAGUGAGUAUAAUUCUAGUAUUAUUUAUGGUGUUGAGUAAUUUUAUUAGUGAGU